AUGGCUGCCCUCAUCGCCCUCCUGUUGUUGAAUAAGAUGAUUUAUCCGAGUUCGAUGCCACCUGGAUCUCGAGAAGUGGUUCCGGAUCCCGAUCAAUUUGGAAUGAAAGAUUGGGAAAAGAUCGAAUUGGUUUCAGCAGAUCAAGUCAAGACUAAAACAUUUGUGAUCUUAGCAGCCAAAAAAGGUUCGAUAUCAGAAGAGGGGAAGCUUUUGAAUGACUGGAGACGAAGUCGACCUACUGUUUUCAUGCUUCAUGCUAAUGCCGGCAAUGUGGGUCACCGCUUACCGAUAGCCAAAGUGUUUGUUCAAAAGUACCACUUUAAUGUGGUGGCCAUCUCAUACCGAGGCUAUGGCCAUUCAUCGGGUACACCUUCCGAAAAAGGGAUCCUUUUGGACUGUCAAACUGCUUUUGAUUACAUCAAGUCUCACCCUAUCUUAGGAAACACCCCACUCUUUCUUUACGGUCAAAGUCUAGGAGGAGCAGUAGCUGUCGCAUUGGCAUCUGAAUCUGUUAAUCAUGGAAAGGUGUCAGGGGUCAUUUUGGAGAACACAUUCGCAAACAUGCGCAAACUGAUCCCAUCAGUGAUGCCUUUCAUAGCUCCAUUUUCGUUUCUAUGUCAUCAAACAUGGGCUUCAGAUACACGAAUCCUCAAUCUUAAAUCAGCUAAAAAUUCGACUCCAUUCUUAUUCCUAUCUGGGUCAAUGGAUGAACUCGUACCACCUGAUCAUUUCCGUGCUCUUUAUGAUGCUUGUCCAUCAAGUCUUAAGAUUUGGAAAGAAUUCCGUAAAGGAACACAUAAUGAUACAUGCUUACAGGAGUCUUAUUUCCCAAUCAUUGGGGAAUGGGUUGAAAGCCAUCAAUCGCCGAAAUCCACAAUUCAUGAAAAAUGAUGGUACUGUUGGUCGACCGAAACAGAUCAGUAAAGAAGUCGAAAGGUUCAAAUGAGAAUGAGAUACGGAGAACUAGAUACAAAUGGCUUCGACUUGCCGAUCAACAUUUUACUCACAAUCAUCGUACUCUUGUAAGUUCGACGCCAUCUUCACUUUCCAAAAUUCCUCUUUUGUGGACCUCAAGAUUCGAUGGACGCUGUUCGACUCAGCCUUUCAGAAUUUUGUACACGCUAGAUCCAAUAAGUUUAUACUGCUUUGUUGUAAUUAUAUGUUCUGAGUCAUUAU